GUGGUUUCCAUAAAUCGCUGUUACUUGACUUUCCCCUUAUUUUCGGUUUUAAAUUUCUUUAUCGUUUUCUCUGGUGCCGGACGGAGUUGUAGGAUAAUAGAAAAACGGAGCUGGGAAGUGAUCGAGAUUUGGGGGAUUUUGGAAAGGAUUUUGUAGGAGAAGCGAUGAAGGAAUGCGAGCUGUGCAACCAUCCGGCGAGGAUGUUCUGCGAAUCGGAUCAAGCGAGUCUGUGUUGGGACUGCGAUGCCAAGGUUCACGGUGCGAAUUUCCUCGUAGCCAGACAUUCGAGGAGUCUCCUCUGCCAUGUCUGUCAAUCUCCGACGCCAUGGAAGGCCUCGGGAGCCAAGCUUGGUCCUACGGUCUCGGUUUGUGAGAAGUGUGUUAAUAGUUCCCACGGGAGGGAGGACAGAGCUGGAGGAGUGGUGGUUAGAACAUAUGACGAAAGCCAAGGAAGGAACGAAGAUGAGAUUGAUCGAGAUGCUGAUGAUGAAGAUGAUGUCGAUGACGAUGACGAUGAUGAAGAUGAAGAUGAAGAUGAAAAUGAAGACGAUGAGGACGACGAUGACGAUGAUGACGGUGAUGACAACGAUAAUGAUGACGACGGAGAGAACCAGGUGGUUCCUUGGUCAUCUACCCCUCCACCUCCAGCCGCCAGUUCUUCGAGUAGUGAUGAAUCUUCAAGUAGCGGUGGGAGACGUGGUGCGGAAUCAGGGAUUUCGUAUUCGUUUAAACGAAUGCGUGAGAAUGCAGAUCUCUGUUACCAAAAUGACCUUGGCUACUCGUCCUUCCACCCAAACAGCGACAACAAUAACAGGGCGUUGGUGUCACCGGCCGACCGGGACUGUCUCGACGACGAAGCCACAUCUUAUUGUUCUUUAUUCACACAUUCUAAGCACCUGAAGGGAACCGUAACAGAGUCGACAUCGGCGCCGCACCUCAGCUCACUCAAGAGAUUCCGUCAAGAAAAACUUGUCGGUAGAGACACCCCCGCAACAAUCCUUGGAAUCUCUGCAAGUUGAACAAAGAUCCUAGAACCGCUGAUGUAUUCUCCUCCGACACUCAGUAGCCCUCCGAUCUGAAUUAGUUGUUUUUCAUUUUUUUCACUGAUUGAUUAAUCUUGUUUUCUAACACAAAUCUGAGUUAUUACUUAUUAGUCCUUCUCUAACGAUGUAUUAGCAGCGUGUAUUAUCAGAUAUUUAUGUGCAAGGAACAAUAUGUGGUUUUGUGGUUUUCU